AUGGAGGAGCAUGCCUACUCGAUCAGAGAGGAAGCUCCGCUCGUCAUCACCAUACCCGAGGCUCCAGGAAGCGCGGUAUCUCUCGCAGACGGUAUCCCUCGCGUGAACACACUCGUCGCCGCUCCUGUGCACCGAGACUACCUUCCUCAGUCGCCUGUACUUCCGAACGCGCCCCUCACUAUGCGCAACAUCGCGGAUCAGCUCGAACGCUUGCGCAUCGAGGAAGCUCGACUUCAGCUCCCCGACGGGACUCGUCCACCGACGCCGUAUGCGGUCGGCUUCCAUAUCAACGAGCUAGCCCAGACGCCGGCGCUGAACUCGUGGCCCUCGUUUCUCCGAGAGGCCCUCGAGCACAAGCUGCCAUGGUAUCAUAACGGCGGCUAUCUCGUCCCUCGCGGCGAGGAUCCGCAGAGCUCUGACCGAAUCAAAGUUCCUAUCCGCGCCGCAUCGCCGCCCGGCUACCCGCAUAUGAUGCAUGACUUAGCUUAUGCCGACCCCACUAUCUUCCGAUCUUUGUCCGCACCGCCGACGCCCGACGGCGCCGCCCGCUCUCGUACUUAUACAAUCGAACUCACGUCCACCCGACCACCCGUGCACCCUCGCGAUUUCAUCACCGUUUCUCACUCUCCCCUCCCAUCGCCUCCGCUUCCGCCGGAGGGAGCUCCAGCUAUGCAUCGUGAAGAUACGCCGCCGAAGGUCUACAUCUCCGGCGGUCUCUGGACCUACAUGCUCGAGGAGCUCAACAGACAGGGCCACCGUUACAUCCCCCUCGAACGCGAAGCCGAAGCCCGGGUUCCAGGCCCGGUGAACAUCGCUAUGUCGUCUUCUCGCACCGGCGCAGGCGAGCAGCUCCCGCCCGCCAAUCGACCGGCAUCCGCCCCGCUUUUUCUACCGUCACCACCCGGCACCUAUGAUUCCGACAGCGACUGCCACGAAUCGAUGGUCAUGUCGGAUUCAUCCUCUGACUCCGACGAAUCUGCGGAAGGCGCACGCUCCGACAUUCGGCAGGAUCUGAUCUAUCUGAAGCGAGUCGGCGACUUCACGGCUCGCUCCGUUCGCCAGGUCCAUGUCACCAACGCCAAAAUGUAUCAGCUCGUGCGGAGCCGGCUCGAGGAACUAGACGAGGCCAUGUCGAGGCUCGUCGAGCAGGUAGGGGUCCAUAUGACCAAAACCUCCGAACUGACACACGGCACGUUCCGCCGUCUGCGCGAUAUCAAAGACGGGGUCGCCAGCGCGCACGCGGAUGCGCACACUGCUCGCGACAUCCUCGAGUCGUGGACGCGGGAUGACCUUUAUGACCGGGACACGGAUGUCGACAUCGCGGCCGAAGAACGCGAGGCUCUCGAAGAAUGGCUCGGAAACCGCAGCGAAGAAUGA